CCCUCACCCUUUCUGCACCCAUGGCUUGUGUCCAUGAACAACAUGCCCCUUCCCCAUCCCUCUCAGGGUUCAGCACCCCGCUCUCCGAACCCCCCUUCUGUCGGCCUGAUUCGGAGGUGCCAGCGAGCACGCCAGACACCGAGCUCACCCCGACCCAGUGCGUCCUCCGUAAUGUGCUCUCCAUCGACCCGGUGGGGGGCGGGAGUGGCACUCACAGCAACAGCCCCACCCUGAGCGACGAGCCCACCAACUUCUCUAACAGCGUGCUUAAGCUGCAGGAGGGCGGAGCCGAGGGUGGAGCCAUGCGCAACCAGUCCGACAGCUUCCGGCUGCAGGCGGGUGGAGGAGGCUUUUUGGAAGGCUUGUUCGGAUGCCUAAAGCCAGUGUGGACGAUGAUUGGGAAAGCUUACUCGACAGAGCACAAGCAGAGCCAGGAAGAAUCCUGGGAGGUGCCAUUCGAGGAGAUCUCCGAGCUGCAGUGGGUGGGCAGCGGGGCACAGGGAGCUGUGUUCCUGGGCAAGUUUCAUGGUGAGGACGUGGCUGUGAAGAAAGUCCGAGACAUCAAGGAGACUGAGAUCAAACAUCUGCGCAAGCUCAAACACCCCAACAUCAUUACCUUCAAGGGCGUGUGCACGCAGGCUCCGUGUUACUGCAUCCUCAUGGAGUACUGUGCUCAGGGCCAGCUCUACGAGGUGCUGAGGGCCGGCAGGAGGAUCAUGCCGUCUCUGCUGGUGGACUGGGCCAUGGGCAUCGCAGGCGGCAUGAACUACCUCCACCUGCACAAGAUUAUCCACAGAGAUCUCAAAUCACCCAAUAUGCUGAUCACACACGACGACCUGGUGAAGAUCUCAGACUUCGGCACGUCUAAGGAGCUCAGAGACAAGAGCACCAAGAUGUCGUUUGCAGGCACUGUGGCCUGGAUGGCACCCGAGGUGAUUCGGAACGAGCCCGUGUCUGAGAAAGUGGACAUCUGGUCGUUCGGUGUGGUUCUGUGGGAGAUGCUGACCGGUGAGAUCCCGUAUAAAGACGUGGACUCCUCCGCUAUCAUAUGGGGCGUGGGAAACAACAGCCUGCAGCUUCCUCUUCCUGAAAGCUGCCCUGAUGGCUUCAAAAUCCUGCUCAGACAGUGCUGGAACUGCAAACCCAGGAACAGGCCGUCGUUCAGGCAGAUUCUGCUGCAUCUGGACAUCGCGUCUGCAGAUGUGCUCUCCACCCCACAGGAGACAUACUUCAAAUCUCAGGCCGAGUGGCGUGAGGAGGUCAAGCAACACUUUGAGAAGAUCAAGUCAGAGGGCACGUGUCUUCACCGUCUGGAUGAAGAACUGAUCAACCGGAGACGAGAGGAGCUCAGGCAUGCUCUCGACAUCAGAGAACACUACGAGAGAAAGCUAGAGAGAGCCAACAAUCUGUACAUGGAGCUCAACGCUGUGAUGCUGCAGCUGGAGCUCAAAGAGAAAGAGCUGCUCAGGAGGGAACAGUGUCUGGAUAAAAAAUAUCCUGGUCUCUUCAAACAUCACCCCUCAACCACAGUGGACAAACUCAUCAAGAAGAGAAGCGUCCCCCAGAAACUGCCUCCUCACAGCAAGAGACCUGACCUCCUGAGAUCAGAGAUCAUUCUCCCCAAGAUGGACGCUGGUGUGCUGCAGGUGACCGUCCCGCCAUGUGCAAACCGAGGGCCUACCUCACCUAACCGCGCCCGCAGGAUGAAAACUCGUCACCGGAGGAGCGGCAAAGGAAGCAGCGGAGAUCUGUCAGGGCCUAAGCACCCUACUGCCCCUGCUAGCCGAGAAAGAGAGCCCCCGCAACCCAACACAACGCCGCCCGCACCGCCACUCACUGAGACUGCUUCAGGGACUGUGAUGAGGGAGGGCCAGCAGGAGCCGCCCCCGCUGAAGCUGUCCUCGUCCAGCCCAGAUCUGCUCUCCUCCACCCGCCGCGCUGAAGACGGAGUCAGUGGAGCUGCCCCGACCGAAGCCCUGGGCAGAGAGCCCGGCGGUGGCGCUGAAGCAGGGGCCGGUCUGGACGAGACUCCACCCAGAAGUGACACUGCGAGUGAGGACGCUGCUUCACUGCCAUUCUCCAGCAGCCCAGAUUCACCCUGCUGUGGCCGAAGUGGAGCGGUGGGCAGAACUCAUGUAGGAGAGGAGAAAGAAGAGGGAACCGGGACGGUGCGAUUGCCCAGAGGAUCCAGCGGCAGUCAUCUGACUCCAUCAGCCAUACUGUAUCGAGCUGCUAUCACACGCAAACAGCGACGUGGAGUUUCCUCAGAAGAAGAAGAGGGCGAGGUGGACAGUGAGGUGGAGUUACCAAGGAGACGACGGCCGACCAGUAUAACCAAGUGUCAGUCAGUAUCCACCUUCAGCUCCGAGAACCUGUCUGUUUCUGAGGGAGAGGAGGGCCACACCACUGACCACUCCCACAGCGGCACGCCGGACGUGGUCAGCACCAACACAGACGAGCGAUUGGACGAUCGCAGCGAUGACCUCAUCUCCCAGGGCUCUGAGAUCCCUGUCGAUAUUACAGACCCUAAUCUAUCCGAAAGAGAGGCCGCUGCCCUUGAACAGGAGAGGGCCAACUUUGACCUGGAACAAAAUAUCCUGGAGACUCGCGCGUUGUGUGAGGACUCGGACUGUGACAGUGCUGAACUCGACCAAUCAGGGAGCGGAGAGCCAAGUCAUCCCCCGAGUGCAGGAGGCUGGGGACAGGGUCCUCAAAACUGAAACACACACAUACACACCCCAGCACACACUUUCACAUUCAGUUGCACCAAAGUGAAAGGAACACAGAUUUUCGUGAAACACGUGUGCACACACAUCCUCUGAGAAACGCAACGAUACACUACACAAAAGGACUAGCCACCUUAAGAACAAAUACUCAGACACUGGUCAUAGCAACUUUGGGAUCGUAAACUGCCUCGUGACCAGGACAUAGCCACGGAACAUAUAGCAAGACAAGUUCAGCAGUGACCUGCUGCUAGAGUUGAGGAUUACAGGAAAUAUAUGAACAGAUCAAUGCAAUUAAAAACUUCAGGGCAUUCCCAAUAAGCAGCAGUGAUGGUAUCAAUAAGGUUUGUGCUGUUGUAGUGCAGACAGACUUCCGUGUGGGCCAGAAUCAUGUCCGUUCAUGUGUGGAAGGCUUGUGGUAGCAGUCGAUGUAAAGUCAGAGUCUAGAUCGAAUCAGUAGUGCUGGAUGAAACUCCUGAUCACAGGAAUCUCCGUCCUCCAGCCUGGAUAAAGUAGUUUUAAUCUGUUCAGACGUCACGUAAAUGAAGUGUUUGGGACUGACUGACACUACUAUGUACAGAUGCUUACUUUCCAAAGCAUUUACAAGGUGCAUAUACAAAUGUGAUUCUAUUAUGACUAUAAUGCCCUGAAUUUAUGUAAAUAUAUAUUUAUUAAGCUAAAUCUAAGAAAACAAAAAAGUCAACUAUUUGUUAACAUAACAAAAAACAAUAAAAACGGUCCAGUUUUUACUAUUCUCCUGUGCUUGUGCCACCCUACCAUGGCAGCUCAGAUUGGUUUGGAGAUCAGCAGGUGUGUAAAUGUGCAGUUAUAUAUAUAUAUAUAUAUAUAUAUAUAUAUAUAUAGUCAGGUUGGCUUUGCUGGUGCAGGACUGUAAAACUCUUGGAUGCAAGUAUACACAACACACAGACUGAACGGCACAUAUAAAUGUACAGUACAUGAUUUAUGACACAGGAGAUAUCUCUUCUAACUGUCUGCUCUCCUCUUACCUCUCAGAUUAUCUUUCAGUACUUUUUCUUUCAUAGGGACAUGCAAUAUGUACAUUUCAACCUAAUCUGAAAAAAGCACUUUUAUUUUCUGCACUGUAAAAAUAAAGUAAAACAAAUAAAUGACAAUAAUUUAAUGUAUAUGAAUUUUAGCUUGCCAGAUGUAGGUCUGAGAAGGGCAAAGUCCUGAAGAACAAAAUGCAUGAUAUACAUUUUUAUGUACUUUAAUUUUUAAAUCAAUUGUUUUUAUACAUCUAAAGAAAUGUUUGCACCUUUUUUACCUUGAAUGUGUAAUAAUGUUGUGUUGCUUGUAGGCACUUUACAGUAGGAUGUUUAUAUACAUGGACAUGAUCACUUUCUCAUGUUGCACUGAAAAUGUAUUUAUGAUAAUGAUGAUGGUUCAAUAGAUGCAAAUCUCCAGUUUCAAGAGUAUGUAUGUUAAGAAAACCAUUUAAAACAUUUCUGAAGAUAAUAA